UUAGAUGCACAAAUCAAGUUCGGUCAGAUGAGGUCAGUGUAUAUAUUAAUCAAACACAGGAUUAUGUAUCUAAAUUUGAAAAUGCAGUGUGAGAGUAAUAUACUUACUUUGGGAGCAGGGGAGUACGACAUAUCAAUUUGGGAGGAGCCACCUCAAAUAGUGGCAAUGGAGUUACUGUGUGAUACACCAGCAAUUAGAAUGAAAUCUCCUGCGUCUUGGCUGUGCAUAAGAUGACGGCUAAUUGAGCUUUGGCAUUUUUGGCUGUUUCCUUUGGGCCUUUUGGGCUUUGGCCAAAAACAGAAUAACGAGCAGCUGAGAAGAAGAAUAAUGAAUCUGUUUCUGAAGAAAUGGAACCUGUUCAGCACCCGUUCUUGGGUGGUUCAGAGGGCUAUGCUGCACAACUCUCAAGCCCCAAGCUAUUCCCUUUUCCUUCGAAUAUCGAGAGCCGGACAACCCAACAUUUCCAUGAACCGUAUUCUGGAUCAAUGGGUCCAAGAGGGCGGACCCGUCAGGCAUUUCGAGCUCCGGUUCUUCAUCAAGCAGCUUAGGUCUCAUCGCCGCUUCAACCAUGCCCUUCAGGUAUUAGAAUGGAUGGGUGAUGAAAGGAAACAUCAUUUGACAUCUGGAGACAUAGCUGUGCGUCUUGACUUGAUAGCAAAAGUUCAUGGCUUAGGUCCAGCAGAGAAAUACUUUAAUAGCAUUUCAGAUUCUGUAAAAGAUUUCAAGGUCUAUAGUGCUCUUUUGAAUUGCUAUACACAACAUAACUCUGUGGAGAAAGCAGAGGCUACCAUGCAGAAACUAAAAGAGUACGCUUGUAAGCAUACAAUAGAUUUGGUAUUGAGUUAUAAUGCUCUGUUAAAGCUCUAUGUUCGAGUAAGUGAAUAUGACAAAUUCGAUAGUUUGAUGAGAGAAAUGUUAUCUAAGGACAUGUACGACUCUGUGUCGCUUAAUACUCGGCUGAAUGCGUAUGCAGUUGUUAAAGACAUAGAUGGGCUGGAGAGCUUACUAUUGCGGAUGGAAGCUGAUCCUAAGGCAACUAUUGACUGGAUAACAUACUCUAUUGCAGCAAAGGCUUAUAUUCAGGCUGGCCAACAUGAGAAAGCAUAUGCAAUGCUGAGGAAAUCAGAGGACCUGAUUGAACCCAAGAGGAGGAGGGCUGCCUAUGGAUCUCUUCUAACUAUGUAUGGCUCCAUGGGGAAAAAGGAAGAUGUUUAUCGUAUUUGGGAUAUGUGCAAAAGGUUAAACAGACCCUGCAACGCGAAUUACAUCUCUAUGCUGACCGCAUUAGCUAGGCUUAAUGAUGUUGAUGGAGCUGAGAGGAUUUUCGAGGAAUGGGAGUCUGGAAAUACAUGCUUCGACAUCAGGAUCCCGAAUGUGAUGAUGAGUGCAUAUUGUAAGAAUGGUCUGGUGGAAAAAGCUGAAGCAUUCAUUGAUAGGCUUUCAAAGAGUCGCAAUGAAUUAGGCGGUAGUAUAUGGGAUCGAUUGGCACAUGGCUAUUACAGGAACAACGAUAUGGAUAAUGCUAUUCAAACAAUGAAGAAAGCAAUUUUGGGAGGUCAACCUGGAUCAACAUGGAAGCCGUAUCGAUUUACUUUGGCUACAUGUAUUGAUUACCUUAAGGACAAGGGAGAUUUGGAGGGGGCAUCAGAAAUUCUUAGGCUAUGUCUUGAACGAGGUUAUUUUUCUACUGUAAUACAUGAUAGAUUAUCAAGCUAUGUGCAUGGAAAAACACCAGAAACAAAGGCGAUAAAUCUGAUGGAAGAAUAUUAUCAUCCAAAGAAUGAUGAACUUUUUCCAGAUGGAGAGAAGCAACAUGAAAUUCAACUCCAUGAAUAGUUAUUUGAAAAUUGGUCAAGCAUAUAUCUAUUCUUGCUUGGGUGGUGUUUGUGAUUCUUCAUUCUUUUUUUCCAAAAAAGAACGUUUAGACUUACGGGAAACAUGCCAAAGCAAUUCAGCCUGCCAAAUAAUUAGAAGGUAGGUAGUUGUUUUUUAUAUGGUUUCCUCAUUAAACAUCAUUACAAGAAGCGGAUUAUGCAAUCAGGGAGGUGUUUUCUUGUUCUUUUACAUGGGGUGUUUUCUUCUUCAGGCUAAUGGUUAAACUGGUCCUGAAAGCUUCCUCGACUCGAUUUGAUCCUUUUGUUGACAUGUAAACUGAUAACUAUUGAUGUGUGAGAUGAAGUUUGUGGCGAAUGCUAACGAAAAGUAGGAGUACAGUUCGAACUCUCAA